AUGAAAAAUCUUACACUACUUGCAAGCAAAUGUUCCUUACAACUCUCGAUUUGGGAGAAAGCUCUUUACCGCUGGUUAAACCAUUCAGAAUCUGGUAUACCAUCACCUGCUAAAGCACCAAAGAGAUCACGAAAGGUACUGAAGACAACCGGAGUUCAACAUGAUCAAGCUAGAGAUUUUCUGCAGUCUUUAUGCAAAUUACCUUCACAUUACUGCAGAUCAUCAACGUCUAAAUCAUAUUUAGAGCCCAUCUUCGUUUCAUUUGAAGAUCUAUAUAGAAUUUACAAAGAUCAUUGUUUGUCAAAUGCUGGUACUGCUCCUUGUAAGAAAGCAUUCCACAGUGUCUUUGAUGAGUUAAAUUCGGCACUCUUUCGACCAAAAAAAGAUCAGUGUGAUGUUUGCUGUGCGUUCGAGAAUCAGAAUCUGACUAAAGAUGUAUCCGACAAUCACAUCCAGCGGAAGGCUGAUGCACGGCUAUCUAAGGUACAAGAUAAGCUUGUUGCUGAAAAUGAUGAAUCUGUCAAGGUACUUACCAUGGAUUUACAGGCUGUAUUAUCAUCACCUCGAUUACAAGCAUCAGCAAUGUAUUAUAAAACCAAGCUGGCAUGCCACAAUUUUACGAUAUACGAUUUGGCUACUAAAAGAUGUAACAUGCUUCUUUUGGCAUGA